CCCCCGCCGCCGGCGGGCCGCGCUAUUGUCCGGCGGGGCCGGGCCGGGAGGAGGCGGUGGCGGCUGGGCCGGGCCUGGCUGGGCCGGGCUCGGCUGGGCCGGGGUCGGGGCCACCGUGCGGAGCCGCCCAGCGCCGGGCGAGGAGGGGCUGGCCGGGCCCUCCCUGCAGGACGCGGUGGCGAUGAUGUGACCUACAUUUGCGGCAAGGAGGUCCCCGGCCCGCUGCUGCUGCCGGGCCAUGAAGCGGCACAAGUGACGGCGACGCUGUGCCUGCGGGCCAUGGCCAGCCCGGCACCAUGGCUGCGCUGGACACAAACAGAGCUGACGCGCUGGGAGGGAGAGGAGGAGGAGGAGGAGGAGGAGGAGGAAGACGACUUUGAAAGGCAGAUGGACGAGGAUGGGCUCAUCAGCCUGGGGGAGGAUGCCGGGAGCCCACCGUGGGGCAACGGCGAGGACCUGGAGGAGGGGUCCCCGGCAGAGGAGGGUCGCUGGCACCCACGGCAGCGAGACCUGGAGGAGGAGGAGGAGGAACGGGGCAGCUCCGGGGGGGAUGAGGGGCCCUCAGGGGUGGAGAGCGAUGGGGAGCCCUACCCUGAGCUCUCCUACGAGGGGCGGUGGGGCUCGGGGUCCAGUGGCAGCCCGGAGGUGCUGCAGGAUAGCCAAGGUGUCUGUCAGCACCGCGGCUGCAGCACAGACGGUGGUGACACCUCAGGGUUGUCGGACACCAGCCCCAGCCCCCCCACCCCGUCCCAUGGGCACCGGGGCUGGGACGCAGCCGGGGACACCAAUGGGGGGCAUGGGCAGGACUGGACCCCGAGCCAGAGCCUCCUGCUGCACCUCUCAGAUGAUGACCUCCCCGAUGCCACCAGCACCAAGCCCGUCCCCCAGCCCCAGCUGGCUGGGAGGGGGCUGCCAGCCCCUGGCACCACUGGCUUGAGACCCACUGGGGAGCCCUGGGGUUCUGGGACCCCCGCUGCACCCCAGCUGCACAACAGGUCCUGGGUGCCCAAGAAAGCAGUGCCAACAAUGCUGUCCCCCAAGCCCAGCCGGCAGUCGCGGUCCCUGAGCCCCCGGCGGCAGCACACGGGCGGCAAGAAGAUGAGGGACCCCUCGGGAACAGGCACCGGCACGACCGAUAGCACCCAGUACGGCCGAGGGCGGCUCAACCACCCCCUGCCCGACCUCUCCAAGGUGGAGGCGCGGGUGAAGUUCGACCAGAGCUACCGGCCGCCGCGGAGCCGAGCGCUGCCCACCCGCCCCAGGGCCCCGGGUGGCCCCAUCGGCUUCAAGUCACCAGCCGAAAUUGUCCGGGAGGUGCUGCUGAGCAGCGGGGAGGGGGUCCCCCUGCAGCCCCCCACCACCACUGUGCUGCCACAGGAGUUCAGGUCCCCCAGGCAAGCCACUGAGCUGGUGCAGCAGCUCCAGGACGACUACCACAAGCUGCUGACAAAGUACGCCGAGGCCGAGAACACCAUCGACCAGCUACGCCUGGGCGCCAGGGUGAGCCUGUACGCCGACCCGCCGCGGCCCAGCCGCAGCCUCACCGUGGGCACCGGCUGCCCAGUGAUGGCCCUCAGCAUCCCGCAGGCCAGGACGGCGGCGUUCAGCACAGCCCCGGCCCCGCCAUCCUCGCCACAUGGAGCUCCAGCACUGGGACCAUCAGACUGGGGGGGAUCACCCCAGCCUCCUUCCCCCCCUCCACCCGGCGGGGACUGUCCCACCUGCCUGGGGUCGUGCCGCUGCCCGGGGACCCCGCUGACACGGACGCUGGCAGGACAGACUCACAAACUGAAGGCGCAGGUGGAGUCCUUCGAAGGCUGGAUCCAGGCGGGGAGCCCUGCACCCCGGGAGCAGCUCCAGCGGUUUAGGAAGCUGAAGGAUGCACAGAAUGCGCUGGAGCAGGCGUACCUGCGAGCCCGGCAGCAGCACCCGGAGGCCUCAGGGGAGUUUGAUCCCAACCGCGCAGUGGAAGGGGAGAUUUUCUGCCUGGGCCUGCAUCUGGAGGAGCUGAAGGAGCGGCUGGAGCCCGGGGCCAGGCGGCAGCUGCCCCCGCAGCAACCAACCCCGCCCCGCUCCCCUCCAGCCCCUUCCCCGCUGCCGGCCACUGGCUCCCUGCACCCCGAGAGCCCCCCGCUGAUGGAUGGCCCUCGGGGGACAGCGGGGGACACCAAGGUGGUGGCAGGGGGGCAGCCCCGGCCCCUCUGGCACAAGCAGCUACAAGUGGAGGAGGAUUUCGGUGACCUGCUGGCACAGUACAAGCACUUCAAGUCUUUGCCAGAGUCGCUGAGCCUGGAGCAGCUGAGCCUGGCAGGGAGCAGGUCCCCGGAGGAGGCAGAUGGCCCUGCGGCAGGAGACGGUGGCCCCAGCAAGGUUCCCUGCAGGGCACGGUCUCUAGAGGAGGGGGCUGACCUCGACACGUCCACCAUGCACCCCCCGGAGAGGACAGCAGCACCGCUGCCCCCUGGGGAGCCUCCAUGGCCAGGGGGGACACAGGGCCCCCUGUCCCUGGCCACCGCUGAGGAGCUGCUGACCACAGCCGAGCCCCCGCUGAGGCUCCCCGAGCCAGCACGGGUGCCCCAGGCCAGCCACAGCAGUGGGGCGGGCAGCGCUGCCACCCGGCCCCGCAAGGAGCAGCGCAUCGUGUCGCCAGAGACGGACAGUGGCUUUGUGGGCUCGGAGGCCAGCAGGGUGUCACCCCCCGUGCACACCCCUGAGCACCGGCCCCGUGUCACCGGGACCCCCGGCUCGCUGGGACUCUCCAUCCCCAUCCCCGUGACCCUCCGGCCUCCGCAGAAGAGAGAGAUGACCCCGCUUCCCUCCAAGACGGCACGGAUGGGCAUCUACCCCACGGGUGGGCAGGGCGGCACGGGGGAGCCCCGCCUGCCCCGCAGCACCCCCUCGCAGAGCGGCUCCCCUCCCCGCUGGGCUGAGAGGGCAGGCAGCGAGGCAGCACCCGACGGUGACGGCACUCACACGGACUCGGAGGCGGAAGGCAGGAGUUGUGCCAGCGCUGGCAGCCACCCCCCCGCCAUGGCCAGGGGCCCGGCCAGGUCCCCGCCACCCCCCAAAACACGGUCCCCCACCCCACUGUCCCCUGACCUACCGUCCCUCGAUCCAGCUCGCUGCGACCUGCUGGACUCCCGUCUGGAGCGUGACCAGGCCAUCUGGGCGCUGCAGGAUGAGGUGUGCCAGCUGCAGCGGAGGCUGGAGGAGAGCCUGCACCGCUCCCGCAGCUAUCCGGAGGGAAAAGCCACCCCGGGUGCCGCCCCGGCCAGGAGGCAGCCGGUGGCCAGCAGAGCACUGUCCCCCAGGGACGCAGCAUGCUCAGGGGAGCCGAGCCCCCCGGUGCAGGGCAGGGUAGCCCCCGGGGUUGCACCCACGAGGAGGGGGAGGUCAGCAUCGCUGCCCCGGGACAGGCGGGAGCUGGAUCUCACCUCUGAGUCGGACCCCUCACCCGCCGGACCCCGGGCCACCCCCUACCCAUGGAAAAGCCCCAGAAGCCCCCUGGGUGCGGUGACAUUCCGGGGACAGUACACAGGGACAUGGUACCAGGCGAGGGUGCCGCGUGCUGCCCCGGCACCCCAAGAGGAGCCAGUCACCCAGAGGUGCCCCCGGUGCCGUGGGAGCAAGCCACCAGCUGGUUCCUGGGUGGGCGAUGCCACGAGGCAGCCCCAGCACAGCACCCCAAAGAGGACGCGCUGCCCCACUUGCAGGGCACCCACGGGUCCCCCUCCGCCCAGCGGCAGGGAUGGAGCUGCACACGAGCGUGGCCCCACUGGCACAUCCACCCCAGGCUCCCGCCUUGGUCCCCGAGCUGAGAAGCCGGAGCAGCCCGGACUUUGGUACUUGGCGGCCAGCCCUGGUGCCGCCGCUGCCAUCGGCUGCCUUGCGCCCGUCCCCCUCGUGCCUUAUGCGCCCUCCGUGCUCUACUGCUCCCCAGCGGUACCUACCUCAGCCCCAGCCAUGGCCGGGGUCCCCCUCCGACGCGCUGCGGGGCGCUGGCAGGCAGAGCAUCCCCCCCAGCCGCACGCCGCUGGCCACCACCGCUGCCUGACCCUGGACGAGUUGAAGGAGCUGAACCGGUCACUGAGCCGAGCCAUGGAGGCUGCCCAGAGCGUGAGGCUCACCACCACACGCAUGAGCCGGGCGCUGGCUGCCGAGCUGAGCCGCGCGCGGGACCUGCACGGCUCCUGCCUCUUCUGAGGGUCCUGCCGGCGCCUGCCAAACCCUCCCUGCCCUCUCGGGGGCGGGAGGAGGAGGAUGGUCCCCCCCAUUAGCAUCCCUGCACUGGAUGCUCCCUGCUGGCUCUGGGGGCACUGAGGCUGGAGGCUUCUCCACAGGGUCCUGCCCCAGCUCCCGUCCCCAUCCUGCUUGCUCUGGACCACCUGCAUCACUUUUGUCCGUCUGUCCAUUUUCAGGACCACCCAAGCUGCCGGGCAAGACAUGGGCAGAGGUCUACCAAGACCUGCAUCACCCCACAGCACCCUGGGGUGCGAGCACAGCCCCGGCAGGAGGGCACCAUCCCCUGGGACCAACGGGGUGGCCCCAUGUCCCCCAGGGCAGAUGCCACCCCGAGCUGAGCACUUCUGGGGAUGCUCCAACUUUGUGUAGGUCCUACUGCAACAUGGUCCUAGCCCCCAUGGGCAGCUGUGUUUACCUCCAUGCCUGUGUGGGCAGAAAUACCUGCAAUUCCCUAUUCAACCCCUUUUCCCAGCCUUUAGGCAUCCUCCGGGGGCUCAAUGCCCUGGGAUCGACCCACAUGCGCCCCUCUGCCCUCUGCUCUGCCCCUGGACUUGAAUGAAGCCAGGUCUUCCCCAGGAAAGCUCUUUUUUCUGGUUUUUAUGUGAAUUUUUUUUCUCCAAGGUAGCUAUCAAGCAGCUAAAUCACUCAUUUAGGGUUGAUGAUACAUAAUAUAUGUGUGUGUAUGUGUAUAUAUGUAUCUAUAUAUAGAUACAUAUAUGUUUUGUUUUUAAUUUCCAGCAUAAUCUUUAGGGCAUUUGAGGGGGGGUUUUGUCCAUCCCUGGUUGUAGCCACCCACAAUGUUGUCCAGGCAGGAAAAAAAGAAGUAUUUGGGAUUUUUCCUUGGGAUUCCCAGGGGAUGUGGGCUGGUAGAGGAAAAAUCACCCUGUGAGACCAAGACGUGGGCAGGAUCGGGCCCUGAGGGGGGUCUGCAGAGCCCCUGAACCUCCAGGGUGGUUUUGCAAUGAGUUAAUGUCUAUUUUUUUUAGCAAAAUAUAUGUGAUCGGAGCACCCCUUGGAGAGGUCAUGGUGCUUCAGAGGUGGGUGCUCUGCACCCCACAAACCUGGGGACCUUCCAGCUGCACCCGCCAGCACCAGCAACCCAACAUGGGACCUGCACCCUGUGCCCCUGGGGUGCGUCUGGCCAAAGCCCCCCUCCCUCCCCGAGCACCUCUGCGUGCAGCGCCCCUGCUGUAUGUGUAGCGCCUACCUUAAGUGCCCUGUCAAAUUUAUUUAUUUUUGAUUUUUGUUGUUGUUGUUGUCGUACAAAGACCCAUGUUUGGGGGGGGAUCGCUAACACCCCGGCAAGCUACUCAGGUCUAGAGCCUCCCCAGGCCACUGAGCCCAGAUCCUCCAAUCAGCCUGGGGGGGACGGAGAGGGGCUGGGAACAGGGGGGCUGCCCGCUCUGGGGGGAGAUGGGCGGGUUGGGGACGUGGCAGGGAGGAUUUCAAAGAGGAUUAUGUGUCUCUGGCUGCAUCUGCUCCUACCUGUGUCCCAAGCGAGCCCGUGGGCCGGGUGACGGCUGCGCUGGAAGCUGCGACCCGCCCCAGCCCAGCCGGAGCACGCAGGGAGCGUGCAGCCCCGUGCAUCUAAAUGCAAUAGCCAGGAGCAAAGAUGAUGGGGUUUUUUUUUCACCUCCUAUUUUGUAAUAACCAGCAGACCCAUUUGGAUGGUAUUUUGUACUAAGAUAAUCGCCUAUUUUUGAAUGAAAUAAAUGCGGUUGGUUGG